AUGCGAGUUGUAAUGCUGAACACGAAGUUGAGGCCUGGAUGAUGCCAAGGCCGGAGUGACCUUCGAGAACGUCGCCGGCAUGACGUCGCAGUCCCUUGCGACUCUGUUUCAAAGCUCACAAUCGAGCUCGAGCUCAACUAUACUAGAAUAGUCCUGGAACGACGACCGUUCAUUCGUUGCUGCAGCAAUGUAUGUUGAAACCGUAGCGGCGGUGAGGCGCCAACGCAUCGUCAUCCCAGCCUCGCAAUUUGCAUGAUUCGCGCGGUGCGGCUCCACCAGCCACCUCAUGAGAGUGUGGUAGAAUAUCGAAUGCCUUGCACAACAUUACUCCGCAUUCCUCGCCCUGCGUCUUGACCCGAGCCACGAGCUUGCAACGUGCAUCACACUUCAAAAUGCACAUUUCGACCCUUCUGUCACUGCCGUCGUCCGUACUUUUGCUGCUCUGCGCGACGCCGGUAGCAAGCGCCCAACAACAACAAUGGCCCCACAACCUCCCGCGACACGUGAAAUACUUUCCAGAGGAGGAACAAAAUGUGAAGCGCGGGUUGGAAAUCAGGGAGAGACUGCGACAUGAGAAGCCAGUGGGGAUGAAGAAGAUGAGCACUGACGAAGGAGAGAUGUUUAUGUUGGACAACUGGGUAUUCGCAUCGAGUGAACGCAAAAGAGCGGAAUAUGGAGAUCUGGGGAAUGGUACAUACCUGGCACAACCAGCGAUCAGGCCGAACGCCGCAGACGAGUGGUUCGAACGGCAGCGCAUCAGAGAUGUUCUACUCAAGAGACAAUUCAGGUGUCCGGAAGGCACUUUGAGCUGCUCAUCAAUUGGCGCACCGGAUGUGUGCUGUGGAGGAAGCAGUACAUGCGUCAGAGUACAGGAUAGCGAUAUUGGAGACGUUGGUUGCUGUCCAAACGGACAGAUUUGUUCUGGCAGCAUCAGUUGCAACGAGGCUGCCGGCUACACAGCAUGCCCGAACUCGUCGAAUGGAGGAUGCUGUCUACCUGGCUUUCAGUGUAGUGGUAUUGGCUGUGUCGCUGCUGGAACCUCGAUAACCUACGUACAGCCAUCUACAUCUGCACGGCCAUCGUCGUCAUUAGGCGCAACUUCCACACCUGCCUCAUCUUCCGCCACACCCACAACCUCUUCUACGCCAUCGUCUACUCCAGCACCGUCGUCGUCGUCGAAUCCGAGUUCCGCAUACACUUGCUCCACUGGCUGGUUCUCAUGCCCCGUCAGCCUUGGUGGCGGCUGCUGCCAGAACGGCCGCGAAUGCGCCACAGGGGCAUCAUGUAUCGGUGACGAGCCCAGCAGUCAGGCCCCAUCCGCACCCGUUCGACCGACUAGCGAAGCCGCCACAACCACAACUGAGGGUGAUGUAUGCCCGACAGGCUUCUAUGUCUGCAGCGCUUACUACCCCUCCGGUUGCUGUAGAGUUGGUCGGGACUGCCAGACCACUGGCUCUUGUGUUCUUCCGUCCUCGACCACAGUCAUCGAGACAAACGGCGUGACUGUUGUUGCGCCAUCCGGUGCCAGUGUUGCCAUCAAUGGCGCCGCCGAGGGCAGCUCGUGCCCAAGUGCUUGGUACAGUUGCCCUGCGAUCGAUGGCGGGAACUGCUGUCCCAACGGCUAUGCGUGUGGUGAGCAGUGCACGGCUACUGCAUCAGGCGUGUCCAGCGUCGAAGCAAAAGUCGCACCAAGCACAGCAUCAUUUGUCCCGCAGUGGUCCAUUUGGGGGAUGGUGAUCGCUGCUUGUGCAAUUGGUGCUGCUAUGGUCGCGCUAUGAGUGUAUGUUCAAUGAUUGAUGAUCAUGACUGACAAGUAUGUUAUUGUCACCUACUUUUGUGGAUUCAUUUAGCGUAUUCGUUUCUAGCAUUAGACCUUCUCAUUCUAUCCCAGAAUCAUCAUCAGAAAUUGUAGAAACCGAUACCAAUACUUUUAGAACAUUUGUCUGAAAGAUGCGCACUGUAUGGUUGCGGGCUGUUAUCUCCGUGGGGUUCAGCCAAUCAAAGCUCUUAGCGUCUAGCGCAUACGC